AUGCUAUCCACCAUCCAAAGUCUAUUCGAAACAAGCGAAGUACGCCUCGAGCUACCUCUGUUCCUCGUCUUCUAUGCGCUUGCAUUCCUAGGAUCAGGGUUCCUCGUCACCAACGUCUACAUGUGCUACCUUGUCGACAAGACGCAUGCGAAGAUAAAGAGGCUGGAUAGAAAAUUGGAUCACCUAUUACGAGCGAUGGGAGAUGAGAAAAGGGUAGGCGAGGAUUCAAAGAAGGGUGAGAGAAAGGAUGGGGUUUCCGGGACAGUGCUGGGGGGAGAGCGAGAGCGAGAGAGUCAGUGA